UGAGCCCAUAAGUACCGGCUCCAGACAUAAUUUUUUCGCAGAACGUAUUCAGUCCCUUGAGCGAACGAAGCUCUUGGCCAGUGGCACUUUUUGCGCAGUAUUAAUUCGAACAUGCCGACCUACAAGGUGAUUUACUUCCCAGUGAAGGCCCUAGCCGAGCCAAUUCGCUUCCUCCUCAGUUACGGAGGUGUUGAGUUCGAGGAUGAGCGAUUUGACAGGGCUGACUGGCCCACUAUCAAGCCCACCAUGCCUUUCGGUCAGACGCCAGUUCUGAAGGUAGGUGACAAGACAAUCCACCAGUCCACAGCGAUCUGUCGGUACUUGGCCAAACAGUUCGGUCUUGCGGGGAAAGACGACUGGGAAAACCUUGAAAUUGACGCGGCAGUCGAUACCAUUCACGACUUGCGACUCAAAAUCGGUGCAUACAGUUACGAGACCAACCCAGCAGCUAAGGAAGAGAAACGUGGACCUCUUUUCAACGAAGUUAUUCCCUUCUACCUUGAGCGUCUGGACGCUCAGGUGAAGAAAAACGGUGGUUACUUCGUCGGUGGCAAGCUCACCCUGGCAGAUAUCGUUUUCGCAGGUCUCCUCGACUACUUGGACUUCAUGGCUAAGUGCAAUCUCAUCGAGAAGUACGAAAACCUCAAGGCCCUCAAUGAAAAAGUCCUCGCAAUUCCGCAGAUCAAGGCGUGGGUGGACAAACGCCCAGUCACCGAAUUUCAGUUGCGAAGCGAACUAUUUCAAGUGGAAGGAGUGGCUUCUCUCGCCGGCAAACCGGUACUUGCGAUCUAUUUUUCACUCGCCAACUCUGCUGAAAUAACGUCCAGUUUCGCUUUUUCAAAAAUAAAAAAAAAAACGAAGAUGGCCUACAAGCUGACGUACUUCAACAUCAUGGGCUUGGGUGAGCCCAUCAGACUCAUGCUGAGUUAUGGUGGAAUUAAGUUCGAGGACCGACGAUUGAGCUUCGACGAGUGGCCGAAGUACAAGCCCGAGAUGCCGAUGGGUCAGAUGCCGGUGCUGGAAAUUGGGGAGAAUAAAUAUCACCAGUCUAAAUCGAUACUGCGUUAUCUCGGUAGGAAAUUCGGUAUUCAUGGAUCGAACGACGAGGAGGCGUAUCAGAUCGACGCUACAAUUGACGACAUGGAUGAUAUGAGAGUUGCGGUGUCAACCUGGUACUGGGAGCAAGAUGAAACUGCUAAAGCAAAGCAGAAGGACGAUGCAAUGAAGAAGAUGUCCUUCACCCUCGGUAAAUUGGAGGACCAAGUCAAGAAGAAUAAAGGCUACUUCGUGAACGGCAAGCUAUCUAGCGCUGACAUACUCUACACUGCAUACACGGAUUAUAUCUCUCUGGCGCUGGGACACGAUCUCAAUAAGGAUCAUCCAUCGCUGAAGAAACUCGUCGAAACAGUCGCUCAGAUACCGAAGAUCAAGGCAUACUUGGAAAAGCGGCCAAAAACCGCGAUUUAAGGAAAAUGAUUGUGUUCUCUGACAUUGAAAUAUCGUUUAUUCUAUAAUGUUCUCGAAUUGUUUGUGUUGAUUCGAUAAUAAUUAAUGAUUUGCAUGAGA